CAUAACAAGAAAUGAUAAAUAUGACUUCAAAUUAUGAACCUGUGCUUAUUUCAACUGUUCUGUUUGCAGAUAGGAUUUUAUGCUAAAUCUCAACGAUGCAGUGUCCAAAUGAUAAAUACUUCCAUCCUAUGAUGAAUAUCUGCACAGAUUGUACGCCUGGUUAUUAUGGACCCAACUGCUCGAAGCCAUGUCGUUAUCCUGGAUAUGGGUCAUGGUGUCAGAAGGAAUGUUUCUGUAAUAUGACAAUCUGCAGUCACGUCAGUGGAUGUUCUGAAUAUGACUUAGAUGGACAUGAGAGUACAACAAGUAACAAUGACAUUCCGAUGAUCAUAGGUCUCUCUCUGGGGUUUGGCAUCGUAUUGAUGAUUGUUGCUUUUUUUGUUAUCACUGUGGCAAACAGAAAGUUCUACAUGGGGCAAAUAAGAGAAAAUGCCCAUUAUGUUGGAUCAGUUGUGACAGAACAUAGCAGCACAACAAACAAUUUGGAUAGAAGUCCUGGACCAUACACUCGUUAUUGCGGUGCAAGUGAGAUAACAGACAGCAGUAUUUACAUGUUAGCAAGUUCACUUCGAUAACAAGACUCUGAUCAAAAGUAAAAUAAUUUGAUUCAGAAACUUCUUCGAAUUUUUAACACGGUGAACAAUUAUGUUUACGUUAAAUGUUGAUGUUUUAACAUUUUUAUUUGAAUUAAUGUAUAGUGACAAUUAAACAAAUGUACUUUUCCUUAAUAAUACACUUAAC